AUGUUCUCAUAUUUUCUACCAAAUCAAUCUAUCAGCGCUAUUCUCGUGAAUCAUGUCCCUGUCGGCCAACUCCACGCUCUACUUGGGCGACGAGUCUGCCAGCGACUCUGCCGGUUCCUGCACGCCGCCUACCACGCUGUCUGCCUGCCCAACGUAGUCUCGACCGCGAUACUUUCCGCAGCAUUUGUGCUCUCUGCACUGGUGCCAUGGCGAUUAUGGCGGUUCACCGUGUUGCCUUGGCUAUAUCCAGACCCCCCCCAAAGAGUUCCCAUACUCGAUACCAGUCUUGGAUCAGCAGCCCUGAGGAUUCGUAAAUUCUAUCCGUCCCGUCGACGUGAUCUAACUCUCUCCGUCCAGGUCAUGCCCGUGCAUUUUUCCAGGACUCAAACGGCCUACUCGUCAGAGCCAGGUAUGAUGAGCGCGCUCAACGCAAACAGUCAUUGCAAGCAGAAAAAGCUUAUCAAUAGCCCCAAAGGUCAUACUUUGGUACCUCCCGGGAGCCGUCCGCUCUGGUGGUGUUUGGAAAGACUUUCUACGUCGUCACACCAAGUCAAGCAGUCGGACGAAGUGUACCGAAACACCGAGGCGGUUUCCUUUGACGACUUUGUGCAGGGCCUCAUGAGAAACAAUGGCAACGACGAAGAGGCCACCAAGGCUGUGUUCACGGCCCUGCCCGUCGAUAAAGCCGGCUUCCCCAACCCACGGGGCGAGUCCAUCGGUCGCCUGGCCUCUGUUAUGCACGCGCAUCAACUACACCCUGGCGCAAAUCUGGCUGUUUUGCAGGAAAAGGUACAGAAAUGGCUGAAUUUCCAUGUGCACCCCAAAGAAAUCUGCGCGAAGCCCACGGCCACUUCUUCAGGCCGCAAGAGUGUCGAAGUGCCGCUCUAUCAGUGGUGUUCGAAAUACUUUAUCCAGCUCGGCCAGGACAUCUACUUUGGAGAGAUGCUGGCGAGGAUCGAUCCCACACUUCCAUCCGCAUUUUUUCUCUUUGACGAGCUCAUCUGGAAGAUGCUCUACCAAUACCCGGGCUUUCUGUCCUCGGACAUGUCCGUUCCUAGGGCUCGGGUCAUCGCCUCGCUCGAUAAAUACCUGCAGGUGCCGCAGAAGGAGAGAGCCGGGGAUGCGGCUUGGCUAGUCAAUGCCAUGGAAGAUGAGAUGAGGGCCGUAGGCGUCCAAGGAGAAAACCUCGCCAUUGUCAUAUUCGACCUGUAUCUCGCGUACGCCCGCCCCCCUUUUAAGCUUGAUGAUGACACUGGGACAAGAGCCAGAAACUGA